AUAAAAGUAUUAAAAAAUCAAGUCAAUUUAGAGUACAUCCCACUCUAUAUAAUCCUUGAGCAGAGUUUACGAUUUGCAACAGAAUGCAAAACAGGAUAACAUUCUCAAAAGAAUUUCUAUAAUAAUUAAAUUAUCUUCCAAAUAAACAUAUUAACAAACACUUCCAACACCAACACAAAGAAAAAGAGAAACACAUAACUGAACUAUACCAUUAACCUUUUCCAGAAUGAGAAUAUUUUGCAUGAAUUCGAAAACGCCGUCGUUUUCCACAAACGAAAAUAGUUCUCCAUCCUCCAAUUCAACUAAUUCAUCCACAACACCUUCGAAUAUCAAAGCAAUUAAACGAAUAGACGCAGCAGAAGCGAUUAUACAAAAAUGGAACCCUGAAACCUCCCUUUAUGCCAAAAUCACUUCUCUUUUCUACAAUAACAAAAACGAAGCCAUUGAAUACGUUCACUGCGUUAACCAACUUCAAAGAGCAAUGCAUUCGUUACUCGAAUACGAUCCAUCUUCUCAGAAACUCAUUCACGCACAAAACCUAAUGCAAAUCGCCAUGAAAAGACUCCAAAAAGAGUUCUACCAGAUCUUAUCCAUGAACCGGGCCCACCUCGAUCCCGAAUCCAUCUCCGUUGGAUCCUCUCGCACCACCUUUUGUUCCGAUGAUGGAACACCGGUGGACGAUGUUCGCGAAGCAGAAGAUUCAAUCUCCGAAGUCGAACGCGUUUCUUCAGAUUCCGUGGCGGAUUUGAAAACCAUUGCUGACUGUAUGGUUUCCAACGGUUAUGCAAAAGAAUGCGUAAAAGUUUACAUCACGGUGAGAAAAUCGAUCGUUAACGAAGGAAUUUAUGGACUCGGUUUCGAGGAGCAAAUUAGUUUCUCGAAGGUGAAUAAAAUGGACUGGGAAGUUCUAGAGAUGAAAAUUAAGAGUUGGUUGGAGGCGGUUAAUAUUUCAGUUAGGACUCUAUUCGUCGGAGAGAGGAACCUCUGCCAUCGUAUUUUCGCUUCGAGUUCCAUAAGAGAAAUUUGUUUCAGUGAGAUUUCAAGAGUUGGAGCUACUCUUCUGUUUCGAUUUCCGGAACUCGUCACCAGAACGAAGAAAUCACCGCCGGAGAAGAUCUUUAGCGUGCUUGAUAUGUAUGUUGCAAUCACCGUGCUGUUGCCGGAGAUUGAAUCGAUUUUCUCGUUCAAUUCAACCAAUGCUAUUAAAUCUCAAGCAUACGAUUCGCGUUACCGACUUAUCCAGUGUGUAAGAAAUAUUCUCUCAGAAUUUGAGUCCGCAAUCGUGAAGGAUACUUCGAAAUCGCCGGCGAACUUCGAAGGUGUUCAUUCUCUGACAACGCGAACAAUGCAGUACCUUACCAGUCUCGCAGAUUACAGCAAUGUGCUGAAUGAAAUAUUCUUGGACAUUAAUCAUCCGCCGUCAAAGUCCCCGUUGUCGGAAGACAUCUACGCGACGGAAACGGCGACGGAAUUUUCUGUAUGGAUGGCGAGGUUGAUUGUGGUUCUAGUUUGCAAAAUCGAGGGGAAAUCGAAGCAGUGGAAGAAUGCUUCAUUGUGUUAUCUGUUUGUUGCGAACAAUCUCCAGCACUUGAUGGAGAAGGUCCGUGCAUCGAAGUUGCAAUACGUUUUGGGCGAUGAUUGGGAGUUGAAGCAUAUAGCGAAGGUGAAGCAGUUGAUGGAGGACUAUGAGUCUUCCGUAUCAAAGCACACAGGCAGCGAUGAAGAAGUUGGUUUAGAUCAUCGGUAGGAGGUUCGAGCGUCCAUGUGAGAUAGUGACUGUUCACUCGGAUGAAACACCUUACACCCAACAUCCUCUCUCAUCAACCCUGCUGUACCACCAUUUCAAAAUAACUCGCCUUCGGAAAUUAUGUCCCCAAUUCAAUCUUGUUAUUUAUUCAAAUGAAAAUAAUUUUCUAAUAUUAUUUCAUCAAGACAUUCCAACAGUGGUGUGACAUGAUAAAAAGGGAGAGUGGUGUCGACAUGGUUGUAAGGAAAAUUCAUGAUAAUAUUGUAAUUGGAACUUUGUUUGGUUGAUUAUUAGGAUGUUGAAGUGUUACCAUAUUAAUAAGGAGGAGGAACCGUGUUGUUACGGUGUUUGUUACCCAUUUGUGUGGUGUCUGAAAACUCACAACAUAACAUACUUCUAUUUC